AACCGAACGAGGCAGCGAGCAAGAAAUUCCAUUCCUGUCGAAAUCUGUAAUUCCUCCUUGCUGGCUGCUUUUCCUCGUGUGCGUGCUUUCUUCUGUGUCACUGUGUGCGAAGGGCUUUGCUAUUAUUAUUAUUUUAAAUAUAGCUUGCCCCGGGGCGGGGGAAUCGCACAAGGAAAGAGCCGGCGAGCAGCCUAUCUCUCAGAAGAAAAGAGAGAGCCUCGCAGCACAGGAGCUGGCUUCACUCGAGUGUGCAGUUUAGAAGUCAAAACAAAACAAAACAAAACAAGCAAACCAAAAGAUUUUUUCCAAGUGCCACCGUUUUGGAGGAGGCUGAAGAAAAAGAACCCCAAACUGGCUAAAUGCUGAAGGAUGCAGGCAGACAGGGGCACAGAGCGAACCCAAACGCAGUUUGAGCGUGGGCUCUAAAGUGCAAUCCAGGCUGGGCCAAAAGGUGCAGUUAGUGACAAAAAUCAGCAUGGAGCAGAACGUGUAAUCACUGAUCUGGGGCUGAAAAUGAUCCUGAAAUGCAACAGAAGUCAGAAAUGCAACAGAAUAUCAGGCGUAUUAUGGAAGAUGCACUAUAAAUAAGAGCAUAUCUAAUUAUUUCAAGAGAAAGAUGCCGGACAGAAUCUUUAAUCAACUUUCUUAACAGGGAAGCAAGAGCUCUGCUGCUUUGUAUGGCAAGCUAUUUUAAUACUGCUGUGUUCAAAAUUGUGUGAUUACAGUUACCAAUGGCAAUAAGAUGUAGCUCCAGAGGGGAGUCCUAGUGGCUGCAAAAGUUUUUUCUCUCUUAUUUCUACAAUAUUUUUGCUCUCUCAAGCCUCAAGUCCACGGUCUCUAUCAUCUAGUUUGGCUUUGCUUUUUACCUGGGUUUUCAGUGCCAACUCUGGACUUCCUAUGGAACAGAAAACAAAACAUUUUGGCAUUUGGAGUAAUUCUGGUAUGUUUUUCUACAUCGUGCUAAUGGUAAAAAUGCAGUUGACAAAGGAUUGGGCUCCACCAACUUCUGCCACAGACAGUUGAGGAAUGCAAAGCCUGAUGGUGACAAAGGGUGACCGUUUCCUAUUUUUCACCGUUUAUCUCACCGAUUUCAGACUUAGCAAUGGAUACCCUUUGUGAUGAGGAAAGCUCUGUGAACCCAACUGCAAACUCCUUAAUGCAAAUAAAUCAUGAGAGGAGACUCUACAGAAACGUUUACGGACCAGGAGAGACUAAUGUGUCACAUUUCUGUAACUUGACUGCAGACUCCGAAAACCUGACCAAUCUUUCAUGUGAAAGUCCUCCGUGCUACUCUUCCCUCUUUCAGCUCUCAGAGAAAAACUGGCCAGCUCUGCUGACAGUGAUAGUGAUUGUUUUAACCAUUGCUGGGAAUAUUCUUGUCAUCAUGGCUGUGUCACUGGAGAAAAAGCUGCAGAAUGCCACUAACUAUUUUCUCAUGUCACUUGCAAUAGCUGAUAUGCUGCUGGGUUUCCUUGUCAUGCCCGUGUCAAUGUUAACCAUACUGUACGAAUACACGUGGCCUCUGCCUAAGGAGCUGUGUGCCAUUUGGAUCUACUUGGACGUGCUUUUCUCCACUGCCUCCAUCAUGCACCUCUGUGCCAUCUCAUUGGAUCGUUACAUUGCCAUUCGAAAUCCCAUCUACCACAGCAGGUUUAACUCAAGAACAAAGGCUUUUGCAAAAAUAAUCGCUGUUUGGACCAUAUCAGUUGGUAUCUCCAUGCCUAUCCCUGUCUUUGGACUGCAAGAUGACUCCAAAGUGUUUAAGAAAGGCCACUGCCUUCUUGCAGAUGAGAAUUUUGUGCUAGUAGGCUCCUUUGCGGCAUUCUUCAUCCCUCUAACCAUCAUGGUGGUCACUUAUUUUUUAACUAUCAAGUCACUGCAGAAAGAAGCCAUGCUGUGCGUGAAUGACGUUGGCCCAAAGACCAAGUUUGCUUCUUUUAGUUUCCUCCCUCAGAGCUCCCUUUCUUCAGAGAAACUCUUCCAGCGCUCUUUGAACAGGGACGUGGGGACCUCUGGGAGGAGAACCAUGCAAUCCAUCAGCAAUGAGCAGAAGGCUUCCAAGGUCCUUGGCAUUGUCUUUUUUCUGUUUGUUGUGAUGUGGUGCCCGUUUUUCAUCACCAAUGUGAUGGCUGUAAUCUGUAAGGAGUCGUGCAGUGAAGAAGUCAUUGAUGGGCUACUUAACAUAUUUGUUUGGAUUGGGUACCUUUCUUCAGCUGUCAACCCACUUGUGUAUACGUUGUUCAAUAAGACCUACCGCUCAGCUUUCUCUCGUUACAUUCAGUGUCGCUACAAGGAGGAGAAGAAACCUUUCCAGCUGAUUUUGGUGAAUACUAUCCCAGCGCUUGCGUAUAAUUCUAGCCAGCUCCACCUGGCUCAAAUGAAGAGUUUGAAAAAAGAGGCAAAAUUGAUGACCAAGGAUUAUUCGAUGGUCAAGAUUGGAAUACGCCAUAUGGAUGGUACCUCAAAGGGAAGCAUCAGUCCAGGGAACGAAAAGGUCAGCGGCGUGUGACUCUACCAGCUGUUGGCAGCUGCCAUGACAACCCCAAGCAUACACUGAGAAUUUCAUCUCGUGGUGAGAUGCUCUGAGAGUGCAAGAAAAUCAGCCAUGUCUGAGAGACCCUCCAGUAACAUCACAUACGCCUCAUGUUAUCCUGUUGAUGAAAAGCAGGGUGGAAUGGUAUUAAAUGUGCAAUUUUUUUUCAUACAGUACUUUGGCUGUUUUAAGCACAGGCUUUAUUAAAAUUAUUUUUUUAAUAAUAUAAGGGAUAUAUUUCUUAAAGAAAAAAAAAAUGCAAUUUCUGGUAUUAUAAUUAUGGGCUGCAAAGAAACCUACGCAUUUCUCCUCUCUUUGCAAAUGAAAGCUAAGCUGUCCUUUGAUUUCCUUGCAGGGUAGGCUCCAGCUAGUUCAUUUUCCUGCAGUGGGAUUUUCUUAUCAUUAACUGAAUGAGCACUUUAUGAAACUUUAAAUAAAAUGAUGGUUAAUUUACUAAUAUAUAUUUAAAAUACGUUUUAAAGCAUUAAAGAAAAAUCUAUUAAAACCUGUAUAGAUGAAUUAUAUAGAAAUUUUGGUAACUGUUUUUAUGGCUGUUUUUUUCUUCCAAGUGACCAUUCUGAAAUGUUAAUGGACAUUUCCGCCACUUGUUCUGAGUUCAAAUUUGCAGUCUUCAGAAGUAAAUUAUACUUGAAUGAUCCCUUGUUUCUAUCACCAUUCUUAAUCUUCUAUUUCACAUCUUGCACUUUAUUUCCAUUCUAAAAAAUUCAUCUGUUCUAACAUAAAACUUGAAAGUAAUUUUUUCAAAAGUCAUUAUUGGACUUGAUUCUCUGCUCCUUCCCACUGCUGUUGACAGGGAAGUGAAGUGAUAGAAGAGUGGAAAAUCAAGCACAGGACUGCUAAGUAAUUUCAAGAAUGAUUCCAUGCCUCUGCUUGAUUCCAGCAGAGCUUGAUUUAAAUAAUGUCAGUGAAAGUUUUGCAUGAGAAAAUCCUUUAGUGAAAGGUUUCAGCAGAUUCUCUCUCACCAUUUCUCUUUGGUUAAAAAGGCCAUUAUGAAGGUGUCCUUCUAGAUUUCUUUUUUGUGCUCAUAGAGUCAGAAUUAUUCAAAACCUUCUACUUGUUCAAAUUUUUUUUCCCUGGUUUCGCUGUUUUGCUGUUAUGGUAGGAUUGCUCAGGAAUGAUAGGUAGCUUGCACUACUAGGACUCAGCCUUAAUGAAACAUGUUUGGGCAAAUUGGGCCCACUUUAAAAUACCAGGACUUAUCAACAGCACCAUAUUUCACCCGCACAGCUCCAAGGGCAGGACGCAUUACAUAAAGAACAUCAAAUACAUUUUCUGGAAGAAUGUUGUGUGACGACUUUCAGGCAUCGUGGACAUUUUAAUUAAAGUUAGUGGGACUGUGCUGGAGAGCAGAAGCACAAACGUUGCAUCAAAACUUCAGUCCAAGCAUUUGAUUCAUUACAUGAAUUUUACGGUCAUAAGUAGGAUGCAUUCCAGUUUCAGAUCCUGUCCAAUCUGUAAAAAUAGUACUACCUAUCCAGAAGCCAAACUCCAAUGCCUUCAUCAUUUAACAAGUCCUUCUCUUGAAGCUGAUCAGUUUCUGUAGAAGAAUUAAAUAUCCACUAGGGUAAAGAAGGGGAGGUAAACAAAUCUUAUUCAUCCGGCAGGGUUUGGCUCAGAAAAGGAAGACCUUCAAUUUAAAAUAUUGAAUUCUGUGGUAAAAGAAGACUUAGACCUUGAGUGGUUGUUCAGCUGAUUUCCAAGCAGCCACUUUUAUUAUUCUUCUACCUGUUACCAGUAAGUUAACUAAAUCUGAUGGGGUUUGGGGACAGUUUCCUCCAUAGAAUAUGGAUAGGAUGGGAUAGGUCACAGCACAUCAUUCACGGGCAUGUGGCCAUUAAUGGUUACCACCCAAAAACUGGGACCUUUGGAUCCCAUGACAUAUCAACUGGUACACCAUAUAUUGUGCUCAACAAGAUGAUUGACGCAAACAUUUGGACACCAGACUGAAAGCACAAGAGCUUUAGCAAAAGGAAAAAUCAGCUCACUGUUUCUCCCUCUCUAUACCCUCCCAAUUCCCUCAUAGCACUACAAGAGGAGUGCAAACUCACAGCUCCACACAGGCAGAGAAGGGAUUUCAUGGGGAAUCUGCAAAACAUAGCUGAGCACAAGGACAGCUACGAAUCAGGUGGGAACAGUGGGUUAAGUUAACCCACUUAACAGUAUUUGUUAAGGAGUUUGAUACAGACCCUAAAUCAGCAGGUUUGAGCCAAGGCCAACCACCAGCUCUUAUUACACCAUCCAGCCAGCAUCACUCCAGGGUACCCCACAGAACACGGUGUUGAGAACCUCCUGGUGCCCAGACAUCUCCUCUCUGCAAAUGGAAGAUGGUUUUGAGAAUUCACCCUUGAGAACUCCAGGGGAAAGGUAGGGAGCAAUAAAACCUAAGUCCUGUGAGUAGGGAGCUCUGGAUCUGGCACCAAACCAGAUUGCCUUCAAAUGAGGAAUACUGAUCGAAGUAACCCAAGAAGGAGGGGAAAGGAAACACAGGUGCUGGUAAAAGUGGAGGGAAAUGCUACCUUUAGUACAAUUUUGUUGCAUUUCUUUCAAGUCCUUUCAAGAGAAAUGAGGGUAAGGGACAGAGAGCCCUUGUCCUGUUGACCAUCUGUGUCAGGGAGCAGAGCUGACCUGUGUACCAUAAAAUGUAUACGGGCACCCUGCACUUUUCCACAGCUCAGUUCUUCCAGAUCUCCUGUUGCUGCUCAGCACAGUCUCCCCUACUCAGCUGCUCUUAAUAAGCUGCUGCUGAACAUUACACAUCACUGCCGAUGCUCUCUGCUUACCAUCUGCAUUUCACCCACAUGGCAGUGUAAAUCAGCCUGCCAUCUCUCUUUCCUUUCACCUUCUGUUCCUCUUUCACAAUGUGAAAUUGCUCAGGUUGCAAAUACUGACAGGGAAUGUUUCAAUGCAAACAGAAAGGGUUUCAAUUACUUGCUUGAUGUUUCAUUAGAACUCUGAACAUGAAAUCCUUUCCCACUUAUUAAAACAAAACCUGUGUUUGGGGCCUAAGAGACUUGACAGUUUUUCUUUAAUUAACAGCUGGAGGCAACAUAACAUUUAUUUUUGGUUAGAAGCGGGGAUAUCUGAUGCCAGAGAUUAUAACACUGCUAGCACUCAGAUAGAUGGCUUUAUUGAGAGAGCAGCAGCUUCUGCCCAAGAAACCUCUCUAAGCCAGGAAUGUGCAGCAAAUGAAAACCACAAUCUCCAGCUCCUUAUGAAGAUAUCUGACAGUUUUGGAAGGACCGAUUCUGCCACUUCGCACCGAAAUUUUAAUAGAUUUUUUCUCUGUGGUUUGCCUUAGGGAUGAUGACAGAGUCAAGUCUGAAUUUGUAGCACCCACCGUACCAGUUCUGCAGGAGGCUGUUAAUCAGGAGAUGGCAAUGAUAAGUCAUGAUACUGCUGCCAGAUCUCAAAGUUCAGCCAUUUUCAACCAGAAUUUGUUGACAGGCUUGGGACGAACACAACUGUUUGAUAUGACCAGCUUCAGAGCAACAACUCCAUCUUGUAAAAUAAAAGUGAGUGUUUUCAUUUUGCAUCAGACCAGAAUGGAAAUUGUGAAAAUUUCCAGGAAAAAAAAAAGAAGAAGAAAAGAAAAGAGACAUUCACACUGACUAGAUCAGAGGUCAGGGCCUUCCCCUGCCAUACAGGAAAAGCAUGACGAGUCAGUCUGUCACAUCCACAUCUAACAGAACUGCUGCAUCUGAAAAAUGCUUUAACUGACAAUUUUUUGAGCAGUUCUACAUUUUAUUACUGCUGAGACUGCAUCUGAGAAAUGCCCAAAGACAUGAAGCUCACCAUGUAUCUCCUAAGCUGGUGUGCAUACUUUAUACACUUCAGGGUAAAGCAUCCUAAGUAUCGAUCCCAUCCAGCUGAUCAUGCACUGUACUUAUGUAAUUACUGGCAAAUGGUGAGAUGCAUUCUAUUUUGAAUACUUGUAUCUUUGCUUAUGUAAAUACAUAGAGAAAAAUGUUUGCUGUAUUUUGUAAAUGCUAAUGUAAAACGGUGUUCUAAAGCUUUAUUGUUUUGCCAGAUCCCACUGCUCAUAAAGCAGAUUAAAAUAUUCAAAUUCCAUCAGUUGUUUUAUAAACUGGAGGUUUGUCUGAAAUAGUAAUUUUCAUAAAAUCAUAGUAUGGCCUGGGUUGAAAAGGACCACAAUGAUCAUCAAGUUUCAACCUCCCUGCUAUGUGCAGGGUUGCCAACUACUACACCAGGCUGCUUAGAGCCACA